AUGCCAGUUCUCAAUCAAGAACCCUCCAAAGACCCGGACGCCGGUGAUAGUCUGCCAAAACUGCCCCUCCCAGCGCUGAAGACCACAUUGGACACGUACCUGAGGGGCAUGAAACACCUGCUGACAGAGGAGCAGUUCAAAAAAACACAAGAGGCGGUGAAGCACUUUGGCGCUCCUGGUGGCGUGGGGGAGCUACUGCAUGGCAAGCUUGUGGAGCGAAGGGAGAAGAAGGCCAACUGGGUGUAUGACUACUGGUUAAAUGACAUGUACCUCAACAACAGACUCGCACUGCCGGUCAACUCCAGCCCAGCGAUGGUCUUCCCGCCACAGAAUUUCAGAGCUCCUAUUGAGUCCCUAAAGUUUGCUGCAAACUUGAUCUCUGGAAUUUUAGAGUACAAAAGUCAACUUGAUACACGUGCUUUACCUGUGGAGUACGCCCGAGGUCAGCUGGCCGGAACAUCUCUUUGUAUGGAGCAGUAUUACCGCAUCUUUACCUCCUACCGGGUACCGGGCCAUGAAAGGGACACGCUCGUGGCGCAGGACAGUACCGUGAUGCCCGAACCGGAACACAUCAUUGUGGCUUGUAAAAACCAGUUAUUUGUGCUGGAUGUGGUGAUCAACUUCCGGCGCCUAAGCACCCAAGACCUGCUGACUCAGCUGGAGAAGAUCGUAAAAAUGGCUGAAAAUCCUGAUGAGCGGCAGCCGCCCAUCGGUCUUCUUACCUCCGACGGUCGAGCAGAGUGGGCAGAGGCUCGCGGCGUGCUUGUGAGAGAGUCAACCAAUAGGGAUUCGUUGGACAUGAUUGAGCGCUGCCUUUGUUUGGUCUGUCUGGAUGACGCCAGCGGGACCGACCUGACCGACUCCACGCGGGCUAUGUUGAUGCUGCACGGGGGUGGAAUGGGCAGGAAUGGGGGCAACCGCUGGUACGACAAGAGUGUGCAGUUUGUCGUAGGCGCUGGUGGCUGCUGCGGAGUCGUGUGUGAGCAUUCGCCAUUCGAAGGGAUUAUUCUGGUGCAAUGCAUCGAGUACCUUCUGAAGUACAUGACCGGCAGCCCAUCCAAGCUGGUGAGAGCCUCAAGUGUGAGUGAGCUACCAGCACCCAGACGACUCCGCUGGAAAUGCACUCCGGGGAUGUGCAAACUCCUUGCAUCUUCUGAAGACAAACUCCAGAGGCUUGUGAAGAAUCUGGACAUGAACGUCCAUAAAUUCCACCAUUAUGGAAAAGAAUUCAUCAAGAAGCUGAAAAUGAGUCCAGAUGCCUUCAUCCAGGUGGCUCUUCAGCUGGCCUACUACCGAUGUCACGGCAGGCAAGUUUCCACCUAUGAGAGCGCUUCCAUACGACGCUUUAAGGACGGCCGAGUGGACAACAUUCGCUCUGCUACUCCAGAGGCCCUGGACUUUGUCAGAGCGAUGAGCAAUGGGCGUACAAGCGAUGCAGAGAAGAUGGAGUUGCUACGAGGCGCCAUAACAGCACAGACAAAAUAUUCCACAAUGGCUAUCAUGGGGAUGGCCAUCGACAACCACCUGCUGGGAUUACGUGAGAUCGCACAGGAACUGAAGAUGGACAAGCCAGAGAUGUUCAAAGAUGAAGCAUACCACAUCAGUAAUCAGUUCCUGCUCUCCACAAGUCAGGUUCCAACCACUGUUGAGAUGUUCUGCUGCUACGGACCCGUGGUUCCAAAUGGAUACGGGGUGUGCUACAACCCUCAGGCGGACCACUUUGUGUUCAGCGUCUCCAGCUUGCGGGAGAGUCCUCAGACUUGUUCAUCACAAUUUGUAAAACAUUUGGAACAGGGACUUUUAGACAUGAGGGAUCUAUGCCGAAAAAGCAGCCCUGAUCCCCAUGAGCCUAAACAGGGGCAGCCCGUGGAGACCCCAACCCAGAAGAAACCCGCAGACCUUAGCAAGGGACGGGGAACUCAGCCAAAAGUUCUAGACAAAACACAAAGCCACGCUAAUUCGAAAGCUGGAGGUAAACCUUAGAACCGGACUUGAACCAUGUCUCUAAUGUUCCACAGUAAUGGUCUACAGUCGUCCCUCCUUUCUAGCGGUUAACCAACAAGGUUGGGCAGAUGCGUAUUUCAAUCCUCUGACCACGCCUCUUCGUCGCCCUGGCGCUAUUCCACUGUACCGUAGCGUUUUUGUAUCCUUGUUAAACACAUCCCUCCUGUCGUUAUAUUUUCCAUAUAUAUUGGAAGUUCCUCCUCCUUCAUUCCGCAAAUUCUUCUUCCCUCUUCGUUUUCUGGGGUGCAGCCGCAGGGACCUUUGACAGCGUAGAACAUUUCGUCGACAUUGUGGGUGCUCUUGGGGAUGACAUUUGGUAACAAGCAUACCCUGCUAGCUAUGGAACAUUUAGGUUAAUAUCUCAAACCGAAUGCAUUCUGUACUUGCCAGGAAGACACGGAGGAGAUUGAUUGACAAUUUUCCACAGUCCGUUAGCCAAUCAGAACACAGAACACAAUGCAUGGGUUCUCUCUUAGCCAAUCAGGCACUAAAAAACAUUGUGUAAAACAGCAAGUCCGCAAAAGAUGAACCGCGAUGUAGCGAGGGAACGCUUUGUAGGAUUCAGUGUAAUUACAGCAUAGAAAACCUGUUAAUGACUUCUAAUGUUAAUGACUGAAUACUAGCAUUAAUUAAUUGUCUAAAAAAAAAAACAAUACAGCAAGGGAGCAAUGAUCAAAUCACAAUAUUGCA